GGCAACAAUAAAUUAAUUGCAACGCGUCAAUUCUUACAAAAAAACAUCUUAAUAAGUGCACAGUUUUAUUAUAUAAAAUUGAAAUGGCACGCCUAGUACUGUUAUUAAAUGGUAUUCUAACAUUCAUCGUCGCGACAGCUUAUUCUCCCGACGAAGAUGCAUUGAAAUCAUUAAACAACAUAAUGCCGGAACAUUAUAACAUCAAGCUUAUAUUAAAUGUUCAUGAAAAUACUUUCAUCAGCGAAUGCGAGAUUAACAUCACAAUUCUUGAAGCGACGCACAAAAUAAGCAUGUUUUCAGAAAAAAUAAUCAUAAAGCAAUCAAAAUUAAUAGUUCCACUGUCUAAUCAAAAUACAAUUGUGAUUUAUAAUAUAAUCGGACAUUUGUAUGAUAAGGAUAGGAAUAUGCUCAACAUUUAUUUUAAUGAAGAAUUAUCACCAGGACAUUACAUUCUGAAUAUAAGAUAUACUAGUUCUAUGUUUGAUGGAGGCUUUCAGCGAAUUAUCUACUUUAGCGAAGAGGAAAUAAUAUGGUUGUCUGCAACAUUUUUCCAGCCAAUAUGGGCUCGACGAUUGUUUCCGUGUUGGGACUCGUCAAAGACUACCUUCAGUAUUUCUAUACAACAUUCUGAAAGUUUUAAGGUUUUAUCAAACAUGCCGAUACGAGCAAUAUCCAUUCCCAGGAUUAACCAGAAUUUGAAUGAAGAUAUCAUGCAAUGGACAUAUUUCAAUAGCACUCCUGCAUUGUCUCCUUCUCUUAUAUCAAUUGUUGUAACUAAUUUUGUUCGCAAUUUUAUUCAUGAAGACGAUAUUGCUAGCAUAUGCUACAACAAACGAUCAAUAAGUUCUUUGCAAUUUGCACAGACGAUUAUUAAAAAUAUCACGUUAUACUUGGAACAAAAAUGGAAGCGUUUGCAACAAUUUCCAAAAGUAGAUUAUAUUAUAAUUCCGAAAUUUGAAGAGCGAAACAGUAGCAUGGUGAAUUUGGGAAUUAUUCUUUAUAAUGAAGCAGAUGUUGCGUACAAUGAGGAAAGCAACUCUAUUGGGUGCAAAUAUAAUGUGAUGCACGUAAUAGGAUAUGCAAUAAUACGAGAACGGUUUAAGAGUGUAGGCAAUCCAUUUUGGUGGCCUAACUCAUGGUUGAGUAAAGGUUUUACUAUGUUCUUUACAACGCAUACUCUCAAUCAGAGUUUGCCAAAUUCUCGCAUACUAGAUUUAUACGUAGUCCAAUUUCACCAUGAAUCCCUUCAUUUUGAUAUUGAUAAUAGGAUGUUGCCUCUUAUUUCUCAAGGCAAAACCGUCUCGGUUGAAAUGAUUAAUUACGUCAAAGCAUCCGUUAUACUUCGCAUGUUGCAACAUGCAUUUGGCAUAGAUACAUUUUGGCGAGGUAUCCAUUCAUAUUUAUAUAGGAAGAAGUAUCAUUUCGAUAAUUUCUGGGAAGCUCUAAAAAAUGUUUAUGAUGAAAUACAUCCAAGAUCAUGUGAUAUAAAAGAUAUGUUGUAUUAUUGGUCAAAGCAAAAGGGAUAUCCUGUGUUGAAUAUAUUACAUCAUGAUUCAGGCAGCAUAAAUAUAUCAAUAGAAAAUCUUGAUGGACCAAAUGAAAAUCGGUGGUUUCCUGUCAGCUAUACCACAGAGACAGAUUCAAAUUUUAAUAUUCCUGCGCCACUUCUUUGGUUGCAACCGCCAAAGAAACCGUUUAAAUAUCCAUAUAAUCACUAUUCUAUAUUGUCCUUGCCAUACAGAGAGGAUGGCUGGAUUAUAUUUAACAUACAGCAAACUGGAUAUUAUCGUAUCAACUACGAAGAUGAAAAUUGGAAAAAAAUUACUGUAUAUCUGAACAGUGAGAAUUAUCGAAAAAUACAUGUUUUGAAUCGUGCUCAAAUCAUCGACGACGCAUUUCAUUUUUUGCUAUUGAAUAAAUUAAAAGCUAAAAUAUUCUGGAAACUUGCAAAAUAUCUAUCGCGAGAGACAGAUUACAUAGCAUGGUAUCCUAUGUUUAAAGCCAUUCAAUACAUGUCAAAUUGCUUUUCAUUUCUAAGAGAAGGAGAAUAUUAUAUUAAAGUAGAAUUGAAUAAAAUGCUGAGUGGACUCCUUCAAAUUAUAAAAUACGAAGAAAAACCGGCGGAUGAUGAUUUUACUAAAGCUUUAAGGCAAGAAGCUGUGCAAUGGACAUGCUUACUGAAACUGUCUAAUUGCCUAAAAAUGGCCAACGAUCAAUUAAAACAACAUCUCGAAAUCUCCACAAAACUUUCGCCGUGGUGGAAGAAAUGGACUUAUUGUUAUGGUUUGCAGACAGCAGACAAUAUUACUUGGCACCAAAUGUUGAAUAAAAUAAAAGGAAAUAAUGCAAAAAUUAUGUAUUUUCUAACUUGCCCAAAUCAUCUAGUUGAGAUAAACAAUUAUAUAUUAACAUCUUAUACAAAAGAUGAUGCCGUUGAGCUUGAUUAUAAGUUUCCACAAUACAAUGUAUUUGAUAAUAAAUCAUCUAUAUCUUUCGAAGCAUAUAAUCGUACAAUAAUUCAAUAUGCAUUAAGACAUUUUGUUUUUACUAUUGCGAAUAGUACAGAGCAGCUUCAAACAUUCAGGAAUUUAUUAUAUGAUUUUGAAGAUAUAAUGCCCAAUCAAGUCACAAUGCCAGCAGCAUUAAUCAUUCUUAUUAAUAAUAUAUAUUCUAAGCAAAAACUUGAUAUGGUACUCAGUUUUUUCCAAAACUUCAAGAAAUAUCAAAUUUAUAAUAUAUACGAUAAGAUAAAAAAACGUGAGGAUCAACUUAAAAAUCGUGAAUUAUUGCUUCAAAUCGUAUCUAAGAAACGUAUAUUCGUAUAAUCGAUAAUAUAAUUACAAUUAAUAAUACUUCCAUAUAUUUUAUAUCUCUCAUUGUUAAAAUAUAAAUAUGAAACAAGCAAAUUACUGCGAUUAGUUUAUUGUUUCGCUUAUUUCGAUAUUUCGUAUAUUACUGUAUACUGCGUAUAUGUGAUACUGUAUAUGUUGAUAGAUUUUAAAAUUAAUGAUUAAUUGCGAAACGUAUUAUUGAUCGGUAAUAUUCAAGAUCGGUAAUAUUCAAGAGAGAAAAAAAGAGAGAGGGAGAAUAAUUCUAUAUAUUCUUCGCGACUAUUAUUGUCUGAAAGUAAAUUUUGUCAAUAAAAAUUUAUCACGAGUAUCUCUUAUAAAGCUGUUUCGGUAACAUUGCAUAUAUAUAUAUUAGAUAUUAUUACAUGCGAAUUGCAUUAUAUUUUGGUAAAUUUUUUUGCGAAUUCCGUGCUGAAAUUGUAAAUUCAAAGCAAUAAAUAUUGUAGAUGAAUAA